UUGUGUUGUAAAAUUGAGGAUAUAUCACGCGGAAAUAGUCAAAGAAACGUAUCAAAAUCUUGAAACGUAUCAAUGAUUUCACAGAAACAAAGUAAAAACAUAAACAUGAGAAGUAACCUCUAUCGUCAGUAAUCAAAUUGUGAAAUUUAGAACACCAACCACGUAACAAUAAUCGCUUUGUUGUAAAUUUGAACGUACAUUGAAAUUUAAUAUGACACCAAUCGGAAAAACUUCCUCGAGGAGAAAUUCCUUCGCCAAAACCAAACACACUCGUGAUACCGAGACGAGCCAAUGCCUUUCGCCGCAAUGCACCAAGAAGAUCGAAUGUUGUGUGGAUAUCGAACCAAUACCUUUGCACACUCGCAAGAUCUCCAAUUCGACGGUUCAGAUGUACCUGAGAAUAAAACCAGUAGUCAAAGAAGACAACGUUUACAAUAUACUCACCGAGACAACUAUCUCGACGAAAUUUCCGUCGUUCGAGAAUAACAUUCGUAACUCGAAAUCCGCAAAAUCGAGCGAAGUCACCAGCAGACGACACGUUUUUACGAAGAUCUUCGGAUCAGAAACUUCGCAAGCGGAGAUGUUCGAGAGAUCCAUAAAACAUCGGGUCGCGCAGUUGCUCGACGGCAAAAGUUCGACCAUCAUGACUUACGGCACGAGGGAUUCCGGAAAGACUUACACGCUGUUCGGCACGUCCGCGUCGCCCGGCAUAAUACCGCGCAGUAUCGAGCUCGUAUUUUCGACGAUAAACUGCACCCUAACGCCCUGGUACAAGCCCACGUGUCGAAACACCGUGAUCUGGCUCGACGAGACCGCGCAAACCGAAGAAACGCGAUGGAAGACGCGGGUGUUGCGAUCGAUGGACGUAAACCAGAUAUACGCGGAGGCCAGGAGAUCUCUGAACAACUUAGAACCGGAGAAUGCGGAUCCCGAGGAGGAGUGCCACGGCGAGUCGAUGUACGCCGUGUGGGUGUCCUUCGCGGAGAUUUACAACGGAAACAUUUACGAUCUGUUGGACGACACGGAAGAACACUCCCCGUUGAGAUUAACCGCAAACAGCGAAGGACGAUCUUAUGUUUGUAGUUUGCGGAGGGUGCACGUCAUCACCGCGCUUGAAGCGUGUCAGAUCGUUCUGGCCGGCCAGUCGAGAAUGAGCACCGCUGCGACGCCGUCGAACCCGAAGAGCUCUCGAUCGCAUACAAUUUUCACGAUGACGUUGCUGAGAUACCAGAAGAAUCGCGCGCCGGACGACGUAGUACUCAGCACUCUCGCUUUUUGCGACCUGGCCGGUUCCACGCAGUUCAAAACGCAUCAAGAAAGAUCGCAAACGCGCGAAGCGAGUAACAUCAAUAAUAGCCUGCUGGUGCUCGGUAGGUGUCUCAAGGCUGUGAGUCAGAAUCGGGUAGCGCCUUUUCGCGAUUCCAAGUUGACGAGAAUAUUUCAACGCGCACUUUCGGGACAGGAGAGUUUGAGCUUUAUCGUAAACGUCGCUUUUACGUCUAAUCUUCUCAAUGGCGAAGUACAAAAUACGUUUGCGUUUUGCGCUACAGUUCGCAAGCUGCUGAUCGACGUUCACGGGAGACGCGAACGAUCGUGCGAAGUCGACAAUCGCGUCCUGAAUGCAGAUAGUGACGUCAUUACGCCACCGUCCGUUCAUCAAACUCGUUGUUUAUUAGCGGAAACCGCGGAGACGUCUGGUCGCGUUGAUUCGGCGGCGUAUAAAAAUCUGCAAGAGGAGAACACGAGACUGACGAAAGAAUUGAAAGCGACAAAAAGCGAUAUUUUAAAUCGCGAGUACGCAAUUCGACAAGAACUGGCCGAUCAUUACUCACGCGUGAUUCAGGAUUUGGAAGCGACUUACAAGGAUCAUGCCAAGCAAAUCGAAAACGAAGAGCGCGAUCUGCUGAAAUGGUCGGUUAAACAGAUCGAGGACUUCUACGAGGAGCGCAUCGAUAACUUGAUAAGGCGCAAGAAGAGAAAGCGGGAAGACGGCGACGAUUAUAUUGAGAAUAAUCGCACGCUUCAUGCGGAACUUGGGGCGGAAAAUACGCAGGUCACGUCCGAGGUACUGGUUUUGAAGGACGCGGUGAAGAAACUGAGAAAGGAGAACAAAGCGAUUCUUUGUGAAAGGAACAAAUGCUGCUUCGAAUUGGCGCUGAUAACUGACGAAUUGAAAAAGUUUCGACAGUUCACGCAAGCCGGAAUUCGCAAGUGGGGCGGCAACAGUGGGAACAUCGACGAUGACGCCGAGUGUCUUGUGAACAAUCUGGAACGACUGAUGGACGAGAAACUGAAGAGAACCGAGAAAACGCUCGAAGAAAUGAACAAAUAUAUCGGCGCGAUAAAGAACAAAGACGCCGAGGACGCUGCAACGAACCGGGAAUUGCCAAAAUCGCAGAAUCUUCUCGACAACGCUCUGAUGAAGAUAACGGAGUUGGAGAAAGAGCUAACGCGCAAAGACGCUUGUAUCGUCGCGCUAAAGCUUCAAACAGAGAUUCAAGAAAAACAAUUUACCAAAGUUCAAGAACGUGAUCCGCAAAAUAAAAGUGUCGCGGACAAACUCGACGAAUGGCUGAACGUUUCAACGUUAUUUCCGUCGCAGAAUCAACUCGUCGCGGAAUCAACGAAGAAAACGUUUCUGAAUAUAUCCGAUAUCGAUCGCAAAAGUUUCUUCGAAAGCAGCGUGGAUUGCAGCGUAAUUUCCAGAUCGAGCGACAGAAGCAGCAAAGAUGAUUCGGGUGUGAGCAGUGGAUUACGAGACGGAAGGUCUACCAGCGUAAGUGACAGUACGAAUAUCCGCGAGAAUGAAGACAAGUGCACGCAGACUUGCUUCGUCGAGAAUGAUAGCCGUAUUACGACGGAGGAAAGCAACGUUGUACGACGCGAGACGACGGAUUGCGCGAACUCGAAGCGACAGAAUCACAAAGAGACAUCGCACAUUGACGAAUUAUCUCAAAAUCUGGAAACUAUCGGGGAUGUGAUUUCCGCGUUAAAUGAGGCGGCUUGUGUGAACGAGCGCAAUAUCAUUCGGCACGAAUGCGAGUUAAUGCACAAGGAAGAUGUGUUGAAACUAACCGAGGAGGAGAAGAAAAAAAUUGCGAUCUGUAAAACUAACGAUUUGCCCGAGGCGAAGGACAAAAUGGAAAUGUACGAACUCAGUGAAUUAACUAGUAAAUUAAGAAGUAAGGAAGAAAAUAAAAAUCGGACUUUCAAGCGCUUGGAAAGUUACGUGGACUUCAACUUCUUCGAAAAUAAAAUAUCGUUGAUGCGCGAUCAAUUAGAUAAGGCGUCUGGUAAAUGUUUAAAUGAGCAUUUGCCAAGAAUUGAAAGUUUGGAGGAAAAAUUGCUGCGGAAAAGUUUGCGGAUAAACGAGCUUGAAGAAAAGAUUGCUCAAAUGCGAGACGGAUUCUCAAAAGGCUACGAGUUAUUCGAGAAGAUACGCGACUUCGAGAUCAUUGUGAGCAGAUGGCAAAGGGACAGGAACAAUCUUUACAAACGGUUGUGUGAAUGUACGGAGGACCAGCUCAAUCUCGAAGAGAAAUUAAAGAGAUUAACGAUAAAACUGGCGGAAAGAGGAAGCGAGGUUAUUUCAUUGAAAAGUCAAGUACGCGGUAUAACAGAUUCGAACACGACAAACGGUGUAAAGGUCAGAAAUUUAAAUGAUCAAGUUGCCGAGGCUGUUGAGAGUAUCAGUUUGAUUAAGACUGAUCUGCAAUGUUGCAAAGAUCUGCGCAAAAAUAUUGAGAACGUCAUGAAGAUGGAAAUUGACGAUCUCAGAUCUUGGUUAUCGGAUUACGAAAAUAAUACAAAGUUUUUGAAUAAAAUAUGUAAGAUCUACGACGACAGUAGGGAUGAGAUAACUAGUUUGAGGAUGCAAUUGCAACACAAAGAAUUGGAAAUAGCUCUGCUUACAAGUGACAGAGACGUUGCGAUACAAAAACAUGAGAUUUUAACUAACGAUCUUCGAAAAGAAAUUGAAGAGAAGAUCAAGCACAACAAAACUGUUGCAAACAGUUCGGAAGAAUUUCUCAUUAAAAAUAACGCGAUAUGCGAAAUUAUCGAUUCUGGGAAAAUUGCAUCAAACGAGAAUGAAAGACAGUCGCGAGAACCUUUAAAAGUACGCGAAUCGAACUGUAGUUUGGCAAAUGGCGUGUGUUCAACAUCUAAAGACGCUAGAUCGGAGGUGGUAAACGUAUCGUCAGCUUCAAGUGAAAAUUUCACAACCUCUUUCGACGACAAAGAUGACGCCGAUAGCAAAAUCAUUAACGAUUCGUGUCAGGAUAGAAAUGUAACGUUGACCCUACCUUUUGUGUGUGAAACUAAUCAUCUCGAGUUAGAACUGUACUUCGAUCUGAAGUCGUCGAAUAAGAAGAGGAAAGAAUUCGACUGGAUAGAAAUCAGAAAAAUAGAAGUUACAAAACCAACACUCUCGCAACUUUUCAGAAAUUCAAACAGUGAUCCAGAAUCCGAAUGAACAACAUAUAGCAAUAAUUAAUAAUGUGUAAUGAUAAUUGUUGUACAUAUUUGUUUGAUUACGCGUGAGUUUUAAAAUAACUUGUGACUUCUAUUUUGACAUUUAUUUAAAUAUUUUUGUUUUAUUUCUAUUUUAUGUGUGUGUGAAGUGUUGUGACUUACGUAAUUGUCAAAUGCGUUGAAACAAGUGUUGCAUUGUUUAUGUAAUGAUCACAGACGUGUCAUAUAUCUGUUGUUAGAUGUAUAACAGAAAAACUUGCACGUUUCAAGCGUUAUAAUUUAAUUGAUUGUACUGUGUCGUUUUUUCUUUUACACAA